CUCUCGUCCCGGUUCUUCACAAGGCUGUCUGGCUUAUCACCGUCGUCAGCGCCCAAGUUCCUGCAUCCUCUGGGAAUGAGGCGGACCGAAAGACGUCAGUUUCUACUCCACUGUUCUCCCCUGCUUACAGCCAACCACGUUUUCGCAAACACACAAUCCAUCCAGCGCCCGUCAAUAUCUUCCCUUGCUCUCAAUUCUUCUCUGUUUGUCUCUGAAACUCAUACAACACAUACAUCUGCAGUGUGUAUGUCUUCACUACUGCAGCGUUUUCACAAUUCUUCACUGCUACUCUACAUCUUACCUCUGCAUUCGUGCAGUUUUCUUGUGGCUUUAUAUCACGCGCCUAGUUCACUGCAACGAGCGUAGUGCACGUUGGUGACUUUCCGAGCAAACCUUCCAUAUCUUCUACGUUCGGCAAUCGACGUUCAGCAUACACGCCGUUUGCCCACCACGAUUCAACACAUAGUCUACUCUUCACCAUGGCUUCAGCCGCCGCGAAAGGGUCCAACCCGCCGAGUCUGUUCGACAGUGAAUUCACCUUUUCUGGCCAUUCGACCAAUCGUGAUUCACAGACGACUGAGUACCGUUACCCAACUGAAGAGGAGGAUGACAGUAUCAGUACUGCAAGCGAGUUCGGCGAGCCACUUACUCCAAGAAGCCACACCAUCGAGAACGACUCAAUCUCGUAUCACGACGAUUCUGUAGACGAGACUCCAAAACCCGCGAUGGUGAGCGCUAUGCAGUCCAAGCCCCUGCCAGUUGUCUCAACAACCUCAGAUGCUGUGGCCACUUCGCAAGAUCAUCAAGAGUCACCAACGGGGAAACCCCGAUUCGCGAGUCGCGUCAGCUCGUUCGUCCGCAGCAAGCUCCAAAGAAUUCAAUCACACAAAGGCAGCCCUGACCCUGCGGAAUCUGCAAAUGUCCAGGACGCAAAGGCCUCGGCCGGAACCGAGAAGACAGUCGCAAAUACACAGACACCGAUUGUGAUUCCAAUGUCAGCAUUAGAUGUUCCGAAACAAGGCCGAAGACUCAGCGCAUUCUCGCUCGCAAAAAGUUCGGCCAGAUCUUCUCGAGCAAACUCCCCUCCAUUAUCAACUUCUCCUAGCCCCUCAACUGAAGACCAAACACCAGACGCGAGACCGAGACUUGGCAGGAAUACUUUGUCAACCACAGCACUAUCAAGCAUGGGCAAACCACGCACUGGAAUUACCUGGGCCGUAAGCGGCAGCAAGAGCACGAAAAGACACUCGUGGCUACGACGACCAGCAAGCACAGAACUUGUGCCUCGACUCGAGGAAGACGAAGAUCGACCCAACGUUGGCAUGUUGAACACCUUCUCCAAGUCAGCCAACAAAGGUGUGGGCAUGAAAGCCCGUCGACUGAGCCUUCACUUGCCAGACCAGUACAUCAUAGACUGGUGCGAGCUGGACAAGGAGUUUAAGAGCUCGAGUCUCAUGCCUGGCAAGAAAGGAAAGGUUCUGGGCAGGGGCGCCACAGCCGAAGUCCGCAUAAUGGCGCGCAGAGGAGCGGCCAGAGACGAGGAACUAGUUGCCGUCAAAAUCUUCCGAGAGCGCGACCCAGAGGAAACAGAAGAAGACUACGUCAUGAAAAUCAAAUCCGAGUACAGCAUUGCAAAGAGCCUGCACCAUCCUAAUAUUGUCGAGACCGUACGCUUAUGCACGAACCACGACCACUGGAAUCAUGUCAUGGAAUUCUGCACGUACGGCGAGGUCUUCUCGCUCGUGGAACGCAAGCUCUUCGCCCAUGGCGACGAAGGGUUUUAUACUCUCGACGACCGCCUCUGCUUCUUCAAGCAACUCCUACGCGGCGUGGACUACCUGCAUAGCCACGGCAUUGCGCACCGCGACAUCAAGCUCGAAAAUCUACUGCUUAGUAGAGAUGGACAUCUCAAGAUCUCUGACUUCGGCGUCGCAGAAGUCUUCAGCGGCGAGCAUCCCGGUCUCCGCGCCUCUGGCGGCGAAUGUGGGAAAAAUAUGGGCCGCAUCCGCCUCUCAUCCCCUGGCGUCUGCGGAUCCUUACCGUACAUCGCGCCCGAAGUCCUCGAGAAGAAAGAAGCAUAUGACCCCCGACCCCUGGACAUCUGGUCGUGCGCCAUUGUCUUCCUGACCAUGACGUUCGGCGGAUGUCCAUGGCAGGCUGCGAAACCGGAGUUUGAGUACUACGCACGCUUCAAGCGGGGCUGGGAUGCGUGGCUUGUUGAGCAUCCCGAGGGCACGGUAUCCAACAACGAGGCGCUCCCCAAGUGCGGGAAGUUGUUCAAUGCUCUUGAUACGCUCGCGCUCAAGCGGUUGAUGUUGAAAAUGCUGCACCCUCUUCCAGCGAAGCGCCUCACGAUCCGCGAGGUUAUGAAGUCGAGUUGUGUGAGGAAUAUCGAGUGCUGCACCCCUGAGACUUCCGACGACUCUCAAUGUUGUGUUGAUGUGGCGAAGCCGGGAAAGGUUGGGACGGCAAAGAAAUAUAUGCAUAAUCAUAUCCCGCCGAAGGAAAGCAAAGUUGCGCAUGCACCGUUUCGACGUGGAUGAGUGGUGAUGGGUAGCUUCAGUUUCUGCAUGUUCUUUCGUUUUAUUCCUUUUGUUCAGCGAAUCAUUGCAUGGCAUUGCGUUCAUUGGCGUAACAAUUAGCAGACUUGUCCCGGGGUGGGCUCUCUUGCUUGAAGUGUCUGCAUCUUGGACAGCACUUGGAUUCGAUCUAUUCUUGUGAUGAUAUCUAGUCUACUUACUCAGC